AUGUGUUCCUGCAGCUCCAGACAAGGGGGCUGGCAUCGAAUCUGCACCUGCAGCCUCAGGUCAUCCGAGGCGUUGGAUGUGUUGAUCGGCUGUAUUGUCCACCGAAGUGAUUCCUAUCGUGUGCACUAUUCCAGAAGACUAGAAAAAAAAACUUGGCAUUCGCUUUCACCUCUACGAGGCGGAAUCAAUUCCUCGUCAUGCGACACAGGCCUCCUAAUCUUGUCUGCACCAACAUGCGGGUUUUGCCGAAGCACCCUCCCGACAGAACACCUGUUCGCCAAGCCGACUCGGAGUCGAGGCAUCGCUUUAACCGUAGCCAGCAACUGCAGCAGCAUCAACAGCAUCAGCGGCAGUGGCUGCAGCUGUAUCUCACAACACAGCUCCGUUGGAGCCCAGGCCCAUGUUGACAUCAAGUUGGCAGCCUCGAAUGCAGAUCCCAAGUUCACCAACAGUAGUUUUUAA